AUGUCGGACGACGGGCAGUUUAGUGAUUACGAGGAAGAUAUAUCAAAAAAAGUGAAAUCAGUUCGAUUUGCAGAGAAUCCAGAAAUAAAAAGAAUAAGUAGUGAUGAUCUUGACUCAGAUGACUACUUUUAUGAUUCAGAUGAAGAAACUCAUACAAAGAAAAAACAACAUAGCAAUCCUCAAAAUCCAACGACAAAAGUUAUCUCAUACCAACCAAGUGAAAAACUAUAUAAAAAGUAUGUAAAUAAAAUAAAUGUAGAUAAAUAUGAACCUGUCAUGAAUGAGAAUACACAAAAAUUUAUGGAAAUGAAUGAUAGGAAAUCUGAUAAUGUGAGAAUAAGAAUCAAAGACAAACAUGACAGGGCUACUGCUGAACAAGUUAUGGAUCCAAGAACCAAAAUGAUCUUGUUUAAACUUUUAAACAGAGGGAUAAUUAAUGAAAUAAAUGGAUGCAUUUCCACAGGCAAAGAAGCUAACGUUUAUCAUGCUACUUCAAAAGAUGGAAGGGAUUUUGCUGUUAAAAUUUUUAAAACAUCAAUAUUAGUGUUUAAAGACCGAGAUAAAUAUGUAUCUGGAGAGUAUCGUUUUAGAAAUGGCUACUGCAGGUCAAAUCCCCGAAAAAUGGUUAGAACUUGGGCGGAAAAGGAAAUGAGAAAUCUUGUCAGACUUUAUAAUGCUCAGUUAAGUGUUCCUGAACCAAUUAUAUUGAGAAGUCAUGUAUUAGUCAUGACAUUCAUGGGUGAAAAUGGCUGGCCGUCACCUAAAUUGAAAGAUGUAGAAAUAUCACAAUCAACGGCUAGAUCUUUGUAUAGAGAUUGUAUUAUCAUGAUGUGGAAAAUGUUUAACAUUUGCAAAUUAGUGCACGCCGAUUUAUCUGAAUUUAAUUUACUAUAUCAUAAUGGCAAUAUAGUUGUCAUUGAUGUAUCACAGUCAGUAGAACACGACCAUCCUCAUGCUUUUGAGUUCUUACGAAAAGACUGCACAAAUAUUUCUGACUUCUUUAGGAAAAAAGGUGUUGCAACAUUAACUGUGAAAGAGUUGUUUGAUUUUAUAACAGAUUCAUCAAUAAAUGAAAAGAAUUUAGAAGAUUGCCUUGAAAAGCUGUCAGAGAAAGCUUCAUCUAGGAAUUUUGACGAAAUGACAGCUCAAGAACAAAUUGAGGAAGAAGCAUUCAAGAACAUUUACAUUCCUAAAAGGUUAACAGAAGUAAUAAACUAUGAGCGCGAUAUCACCAAAGCAAAGAAAGGUGAAACUGCAGACCUUGCAUACAAAAAAAUAGCAGGUUUCAAUGAAGAUCUCACAGCCACUGUGGAUAAACCAGAAAUCCUACAAGAAGAUAAAAUAUCUGAAUCUGUCUCUGAAAGUUCUUCUGAUGAAGAUGAAGGCGAUGAAAGUAAAGGCAAGUUCAAAAACAGUGCUCGGCCAAGAGAUGAAUCACCGAAUAGUAAAAAGGCGCGAAAGAAGGCUGUUAAAGAAGAGAAAGCUGAGAGGAGAAAAACUAAAAUAAAGAAACACAUAAAAAAGAGACGUGACAAAGGUACUGUUAAGAAA